AAUAAAAAAACACAACUAAAUAAGCCCAACUUUCGCAGUGUCGACGCGCUGCACCCACCCACUCUCGCACCUGAGGUUGGUCCGUGUCCGUCAUAUGGGCACACGUGCUCACCGACCAGCCGACCACGCGCUUCUUGGUGCUUGGCAGUGCCAGUCCGAUCCCCAAACUCACCUUCCCCAAUCCAAUCCAAAGAAGCAGCAAGCAGCAGAGCAGCAUGGACGGCGGCGACGUCGCGACGGGGGGUGGCGGCGGCGGCGGGAGCGGCGGGGGCGGGGGAACCAGCAUCCACAUCACGGCGCUGGACGGCAUCGUGAACGUGAACUCGCUCUUCACGCUGGCCGCCUUCCUGGGCCUGGCGUGGCGGCCCUCCUCCGACGGUCCGGGGCUGGCCGACGGCGCCGACCCGCGCACGGGGAACCCCUGCGCGGCUGGGGACCGCGCCGAGUCCGACCUGGUGUCCUUCCACGUGCUCGCCUUCGCCUGCUUCCUCUUCUCCAGCCUCGUCGCGCUCUGCCUCAAGCAGCUCGUCCGCACCUACCCGCCCCACCGCCGCGCCGGCGCCGGUGGCGGUGCCGCGUCUUCCUCCUCCGCCGUGGUAGGCCGGACCGCGCGGAUCAACCGCGCCGCGCUCCGCGUCGGGAUCCUCGCGUCCGCCGUGGGCUCCGUCGCCGGGUGCGGGUUCCUGAUGAUGGCGCUCGUCAACGUGGUGCAGGUGAAGCUCGGCCGCCUCGGGUGCGGCGCCGGCGGGGCCGCCGCCUGGGCCGCCGUCGUGCCGCUCGUCACACUCGUCCCUUCCGCCAUGCUCAUCUACAUCGGCAUCGUCUUCUACGCCUUCACACGCUAGUAGUAGUCGCUAGCAGAUCAAGAAGAGAAGACACCAAAUCACCAGUGUUUUCAAUCGGAUUUUUUGUCGAUGUGAUCCUUCCAUCUUUGUGUGUGAUUGACUGAUUGGUGGUGAUGGUGAGACUUCCAGUUCCAGAGGAACAAUAAUGCAGCUGACUUUUGUAGAUUAAAUUAAAAUAUAUAAAUCCAUGUGAUACUAUUAUGAUGAUUGUGGUCUGGAGUGUGCUUGUUUCGAGCAAGUGAUGAAUCUGCUGUGCUUUUAUCUGCAAUGUAAGUGGGCUUUGUACUUGUGCA